CGGCGCCGGCCGGCCGGCCGGCGGGGAGGGGCUGCGUUGCAGCACCAUGCAGAGGGCCUCGCGGCUGAAGAGGGAGCUUAUGUUACUGACCACGGAGCCCCCCCCGGGCAUCACGUGUUGGCAGAACAAAAGCCGGGCGGACGACCUGCGCGCUCAAAUUUUAGGUGGUGAAGGCACACCAUAUGAAAAGGGAAUUUUCAACUUGGAAAUAACUGUCCCUGAAAGAUACCCAUUCGAACCACCAAAGAUUUGCUUUUUGACACCUAUUUACCAUCCAAACAUUGACUCUGCUGGAAGGAUUUGCCUGGAUGUUCUUAAAUUACCACCUAAGGGUGCAUGGAGGCCUUCCCUGAACAUCUCCACAUUGCUGACCUCCAUACAAUUGCUGAUGACUGAGCCAAACCCUGAUGACCCUCUUAUGGCAGACAUAUCCUCAGAAUAUAAAUACAACAAACCACUGUUCUUGAGAAAUGCCAAAGAGUGGACUGAGAAGUACGCAAGCCAGCAAAAGAGUGCUUCCAAAACUCUGAGUGAAGAAGUGAACCAAACUGAGGCCUCUGUCCCCAAAGAAUCUGCCAUUUCCCAGAAAAGGAAAGGAAGUGAUACCAGCAUAAGGGAGAAAAAGUCUCGCCUUGAUUCAUAGAGGAUUUUUGUCUUUGAUAUCAUUUUCUUGGGCUACUGUUGAUGUUGUUUUCAAUUUUCCUUCCCUUCUCUGUGCAAUGUGUAAUUAAAUAUUUUAAUGAAUGUGUAAUACUGGCAAGUUUCACUUGCGCCUCCCUCCCCCUUUAAGCUAAUGUCUGUGAUGACAGAACUUUUUGUCUUUUAAAAAUUAUUUUAUUUCACAUGAAUAACACUACCUGUGUAUGUAACCUAGUUUGGCCUGUACUUGUGUCUGCGUAUUUUGAAAGAAGGCAAGAGUCCAUUGCUGGUGAUUUGUGUAUGAAUGACAAGUUACUUAAUGUUGUCCAGUGCAUGGUAAGUCUAGCUCUUGUUUGUGGUUGAUGAUGGGCUAGAAAUUGCAGUGUUUAAUAAAA